AGGAAAUAUAAAAUGUCCAGUUGUGCUUCCUAUAACACUCGAGGCCAAAGAAAACGAAAUAAGACAAAACACUUAAAAUCAGGCUUCAGUCACAAAAAACUCUCAAAAUCCAAACUAAACAGGGAGGCUACUACCUCACUCGAAAAACUUAACGAAGUAAAAGCCAAGUCACCGCAUCACAAAAGAACACUUAAGCCAUCACUCAGCCUGGCAGAGUGGAAUGAAAAGUCAGAGUUUUAUAAAUAAGCUGCAUAGUGCAGUUGAUAAGAUUGACGACUACAUUUAUUACUUUAAGAUGUACGACACACUCAGUAAUGACGACGGUUCAGAAAGAGUUACCUUCUUAGAUAAAAUACAGUCUUAUGAUAAUAUAAACACUUUGAAAUCCAAACUUGCGAAGAUUGAAGAAAGUAAAGAAAAACAGCGCAGGAUUAAAGAAUACGUGCAGCAAUAUAAAGAUUCUGAGCGUCUUAAGACUUUGAAACAUGCUUUAGAAUACCGUCUAGCACACUCUCCUUCACCGGUUAACUCAACUCCCAGAAUCACUAAGUCAAAGAACCUAGAGGAAGAUAUUGAGAAUCUUCUUGAAAUCUGAACGAUAAACUCUAAAAAAUUUAAUGGAAAUAAACCAAAGACUGAUAGAAGAAAAAUAUUUAAAAGGAAAUUAAGGAGCUCAAAUAAGAACUGAACUAUGAGAAGUUACGAGAACCUGAAAGAUGACUAUGACUGACCAAUAGAAAAUAUUAGACGAGAAAAAUCUCAUCAAUUAAUCACCAAUGGUCUAAGAGAAGCUAUGAAUAACUUUAGCAAGUUCAGAAAUUCAUUAAAACCUCAUGAUGUACAAUCUCUCAUAAAGGAUAUUAGACUGAUAUCUAAUAAGGGCCAACCAUCUGAUGAUUUGGAUAAAUAGCUUCUUUAUACAGAAAAUGGCAGGCUCCAAAGAAAAACAGAGCUUUUGACUAGUCAAAGAAAUAUUCCCAACACUCAAACUGAGAUCUCCAAGCCCAGUUCUUAAAUAAGGAGUUUGAAAGACUGAAGGAAAAAUAUGACAAAACCUCUGCUACUCCAAUAUCAGUAAAUCUCAAGACUAGUUUAAAAACUAAAACAAACCAUAUUCAAAGAAAGAAGGAUAUUCUCGCAAACCAAAUAAGAAUCCCUCUAAAAUCCAAACAAAUUCUAUCCACCCUAAAUUCUCAGCCACCUUCCCCCAAUUCCAAAGCCCCUUUCUCUCUAAAAUCCUUCCCUGCCUUCUCUCCUACUCCAGUCGGCCACCUUACCCCUUCCAACUUGCAGCCUUUAACUACUAAAAUCUCUACUGGGCUUAAAAAGCCUCUGAAGGCAGAGAUGAAGACAGGAAUAGACCUGAAGAUGUACAAAGGAACAAUGGAGAAGAUUAAGAGAAAGAGGAACAGAUUAAGCUUCUCACAGUGAUUUGAUAGGAAUUUUAGUAGACAUAGGAUUGAUAAAAUUCAAAGUUUUAUAUAGAUAUACUUUGAUUCGGCUGAUUUGUUAAUCAAUAAGGGUGCUUUAUAUAUGCUUUGGCUAAGGAAGAUUAAGAUAAUCAUAGAGACUACAACUCAAGGAUAUAGAAUUAAGUCUUGUCUCUAGUCUACAUAUUUGCCAAAAUAUUUC